AUGAAAAGCUCGGCGCACAGUUCAACCUACACGGUCAAAACUCUGAACUGGGCCAAAGCUGUGCCCUAUCUCCCCCACCCCACCGGCCGGGCACUCCGCUGGGCAGGGCACGAACAGCCCGUCCAGCGCGGGCGGCUCCUCGGGGCCGGGGCAGGUGCCGGCGGAACCGGCCAUAGCGGCUGCCCGUGGCGCCCGGCCUCGUCUUCCCUCUCGGCUUUCCCUGGGCAGCGGGAGAGCCGCGGGAACCGCGGAGAACACGGUGUCGGAGCCGGGCGUGGGGCGGCCUCAGCGCGCCGCUCCCUGGGCUCGGCCGGCCGCUCGCAGCCGUCACCCCGCGGGGAUGCGAGCGGGACGGGCGGCGGCAAUGGGGGAAGGCGGCGGGCGGCAGAGCCGGAGCGCUUGGCGCUGGAGCUGGGGCGGGAGAGGCGGAAGCAGCAGAUGCUUGAUAGCUCAAUAUUUGAACUGAGAAACACUGUAACAGAACUGGAAAAAAAGCUUAACACUGUUGACAAUGAAGGUAAUUAAUGGAAAACCAGAUAUGAGACACAAGCAGAAUUGAACAAACAGCUGGAAAGGCAAAUUAAUAUUCUCCGAGAUAAGGUGGAGCUUAUUCGUGGAAAUCCAGCAGAUAAACUGUCCGUUGUUCACACCUUUGAUAAAAUGCCUGUGGGUUCCUUAAAGAGAACUCUUAAACAGCUAGAAGAGGAGAAGACAAGUCUCCAGAAUCAGCUAAAGGACUAUCAACUUAGACUGGAACAAGAAGCACAGGCAGAAGAGUGUCAGUUUCCAGAGAAGAAUAAUUCUUGCAAAUAAGAAGAUUAAAGGCUGUUAAGACUACCAUAAUUUGUAGUCCAUGGAGAACCUAAAAGCAAAAUAUGUUACCAGUAAUACCUGCAUAAUCAUGAUAAAGAUACCAGGAACUUUUUUUCCUGAAAUGGUUGUGGCUGUCUAUGCCUUCAGGCUGUAAAUAAAGCUGUCUCAUGAAGAAGAGAUAUCAGGCUCAUAAGUAAGAAUGUCUGCUUUCAGUAUGAAAAUGUUUGAUCUAAGAAGCGUGAAGCUUGAAAAAAAGAAUUGAGAAGUUUGUUCAGCCCUACAUUUCCUCCUAAAAUAAAAUCUUUACACUGAUGCUCUGUCAAAGCAAAAUGGUGGGUCUGAAGAUGAACCAAAGUACUGUGUGAAUUACUGACCUUCUGUUUCUUGAAAAUAAUUCUCUAACCAAGGGUUAUUUGUAAGGAUCACCAGUUGCAUUCAGACAUUCCUCUGUGGUUAGCAGAAUGCAGCCUUGCAGGUUUGCAAUGCCUCCAAGAACCAUAGAACCAUAGAAUGAUGCAACUUUUUAGGCUGGACAAGAUCUUUGUUAACCCAGCACUAC